UCUCUUUAUCUCUAUCUCUCUUGUUCUCUCCUCGKUUCGUACAGGGUAGAGAUACGCAAGGCCUUCCACUCGUUCUACUCGAAGCUCUACACCAAAGGCGCUGACGACGCCGAUGAGCAUGAGAGACUCCUGUCCCACUGGAGCCCGGACUGCCGGGAACACCUCCAGCCGCUCGAGGAGCCCAUCACGGCCGAUGAGGUCUUCUCCGCCAUCUCCACCACGGAUACCUCAAAGUCUCCUGGCCCAGAUGGACUCACUGGUCAGUUCUACGUGACACACGCCGAGGUCCUUGCCCCCUUCCUUGCCGCCACGUUCAACAACAUGCUGCUCGACCCUGAGACCAUCACCAGUGACUUCAAGUGUGGAAUCAUCCACACCAUCUUCAAGAAAGGCGACAGACUGGACAUUGCCAACAGACGUCCAAUCACCUUACUCAACGUGGACUACAAGCUCCUCAGCAAGGUCAUCAAUGCCAGACUCACCAAGCUCCUCGACAGUCUGAUCAACCCAUUACAGAAUGGCUUCGUCCCCGAGAGGCUGAUCCACGACAACACCAUCCUACUGCAGGAAGUCAUCGACACGGCUGCCCAAGACAUGGCCACUGGCUAUGUCACGCUGUUUGAUUUCCAGAAGGCGUUCGACUCCAUAUCACAUGACAGCAUCGAGCGCACCCUCCGCCACGUCGGCAUCCCACCAUUGAUGGUCGGGCUCGUCAUGGCCCUGCUGCGGGGAUCCGUGGCCAGAGUCAGCGUCAACGGCAUCCUCACUGAUGCCCUGCCCCUGGACAGAGGCACCAAGCAAGGUGACCCUCUCUCCCCGACGCUCUUUGUCCUGGUCAUCGAGGCACUGGCAGCAGCAAUCAACGCCGACCCAUCCAUCGUGGGCCUGCCGGUGUCACCGCCCCUCGACACAUUAGUCGACGGCAAGAAAGUCUCGACCGUCCGCAAGAAGGUCAAGCUUCUCCAGUUUGCCGACGACACUGCAGCGCUCACCAGGUCACUCGAGGAACUCUUGAGAGUGA